CGAUGAGGAAAAACUGGUUACUUGGUAACUAGUAAUCAAACUGUAAACAUUUGGUUUUCUGUAUUUUGGUUUUUCUUUUUAGCUUUUUUUACUUUUAUUUUUGGUGAUAAACAAAAUGUCAAAAACAUUUGGUCGCUACAAUUAUGCUCUAGUUUCCAGAAUUCCUGAUUCAUUUUCCUCUGCAAUUGGACUUUCUGAGAGUGUUAAUUUGGCUGAAGCUCGUCGUGAACAUCUUGACUUAACUAAAAUCUUACGGAGUCUUGGAGUUGAUGUGAUUGAACUUCCGGCGGACGAAAGUCUCCCAGAUUCACCUUAUAUUGAAGAUACAGCAGCUGUUUAUAAUGGUAUUGCUCUGAUUUGUAGACCUGGUCAUCCAGCUAGAGCUAGAGAGACCGAUACAAUCAAAGCGAUAAUUAAAAAAGAGCUUGAUUUACCAGUGAUUCAAAUUGCUGAUCCCAAGGCAACUUUAGAUGGAGGCGAUGUACUUUUCACUGGCAAAGAAUUUUUUGUUGGAAUAUCUGGUCGAACCAAUGAGGCUGGUGCCCGAGCUUUAGCUGCUGCAUUUCCUGAAUAUCCAGUUACCCCAAUUCGAGUUCCAAAUAAACUUGUUCACCUCAAGUCAUGUAUGUCAAUGGCAGGACCAGACAUUUUGUGUAUAAGUUCAACUCCAGAGGCUCGUGAAAUACUUAAACUAAUGGAGCGCGAAGCAACUUUCAGAUAUGCAACUCUAACAGUUCCUGACAAUGGAGCUGCCAAUGUUACCUUUGUUAAUGGAACUCUUUUGUAUCGGUCAGAAUUUCCAAAUAGCUGUGAGCUAAUCGAGAAAAGAAUUGACUUCCCAAAAAUACCAAUUAAAUUGUGGGAACUGAGCAAAGCCCAAGGAACUCUCUCAUCACUUGCCCUUCUAGUUAACAAGCCUAAAAGGAGCAUGAAAAGUUAGCAAAGCUGGCUAAACUUCAAUUUUUCUUAAAUAAUUGUUUGAAACAUUUUUGUUCCUCUAUUUCGCCCACUUCAACCAAUCAUUCAACAAACAAUCAAUUCUAUUUACAACUAAUUCUGACCAUUAUAAUUUUACAUAUAAUGAUCAGUUCAUCAAAUGCGUUCCUAUGAUGUUCAUUCUAAGUUGCAUGUUACAUUUAUUGACUUCACUUUACCUCCUUAAUUAUAACUAUUAUUAUGAUGAGAAAAUUUAACUUGUCAAAUUAACUUUUUUUGCUUUCCACAAUUCAUUCAUGGUCAGCCAUCAUUAUAAAAUUAAAUUAAACUUAUCAAUA